GCGUAACGCCGCGCAGCGCCGCGGAUGCCCUCGGCCGAGCCGCGUUCGCCUCCGUCGCGGCCCUGCCCGGGCUGCCGGGGGGGGCAACAGGCCAAAAUCCUGCACAUGAUGGACGACAACAAGCAGCUGGCGCUGCGCAUCGACGGGGCGCUGCAGGCGGCGGGCCAGGAGGAGGUUCACCUGCUCCGGCAAAUGAAGGAAAUGCUGACGAAAGACCUGGAGGAGACGCACGGCAGCAAGUCGCCGGAGGUGCUCUCGGCCACCGAGCUGAAGGUGCAGCUGGCGCAGAAGGAGCAGGAGCUGGCGCGCGCCAAGGAGGCUCUGCAGGCCAUGAAAGCCGACCGCAAGCGCUUGAAGGCGGAAAAGACGGACCUGGUGAGCCAGAUGCAGCAGCUGUACGCCACGCUGGAGAGCCGGGAGGAGCAGCUCCGCGACUUCAUCAGGAACUACGAGCAGCACAGGAAAGAGAGCGAGGACGCGGUGAAAGCCCUGGCGAAGGAGAAGGACCUCCUGGAGCGGGAGAAGUGGGAGCUGCGGCGGCAAGCCAAGGAGGCAACGGACCACGCCAGCGCCCUCCGCUCCCAGCUCGACCUGAAAGACAACCGCAUGAAGGAGCUGGAGGCCGAGCUGGCCAUGGCCAAGCAGUCCCUCGCCACGCUGACCAAGGACGUCCCCAAGCGCCAUUCCUUGGCCAUGCCGGGCGAGACGGUGCUGAACGGCAACCAGGAGUGGGUGAUGCAGGCCGACCUCCCGCUGACGGCCGCCAUCCGGCAGAGCCAGCAGACCCUCUACCACUCGCACCCCCAGCACUCGGCGGACCGGCAAGCGGUCAGAGUGAGUCCCUGUCAUUCCCGGCAGCCGUCCAUCAUCUCCGACGCCUCCGCGGCUGAGGGCGACCGGUCGUCCACGCCGAGCGACAUCAACUCGCCCCGGCAUCGAACGCACUCGCUCUGCAACGGGGACAGUCCUGGACCGGUACAGAAGAACUUGCACAACCCAAUCGUACAGUCUUUAGAGGACCUGGAAGACCAAAAACGGAAAAAGAAGAAAGAGAAGAUGGGCUUCGGCUCCAUCUCCAGGGUGUUCGCCCGGGGGAAGCAGCGCAAGUCUCUCGACCCCGGCCUCUUCGACGGUACGGCCCCCGACUACUACAUCGAGGAGGACGCGGACUGGUGACCCCCCCGCGCCGGGAGCCUCUCCCCGGCCUCGCCGUCGCCGAUGUACAUACCCCCACCCCAGCCCCGCCUGUGGACGUGUUACCUGUUGUCUUGGGAGCGAUGCAGCUGUGUCGUAACUUCAGUUUUUUUCCCUUUUUUUGUGGUUUUUUUUUUUUCCUACACCAGUAACUCCUUUGUUGUCGCUUCGGUUUGUCAGUUUGGGUUGGGUUUUUUUGUUUGUUUGUUUUUAUUCCUUCUUCUUUUGACGAAACUUGAAACUUGAAGGACUGCUGUGUCUCUGUAAAUACCAGAAAUAUUGUGCACUUUGUGCUUGUGACGUCUCUUGUCCGAAACCCGCUGUUUUCCGGAGCCCAGCCCGCGGGAUGUCCUCGCUCGGGGACGAAGGACCUGCCCAGCUGAGGGACCUGAGAGAGAAAAAACACACACACACACACACACACACACACAAAAUAUUUCAUUCGCUGUGAUGUCUUCCUGGCCGAACCCCGUGGAGGCGACACGGGCUGGUUGUUAACGCCUGCCGGUCUGGAAAUAAGUGUUUUAACGUUCCUUUUUAGUUGUUUUAAUUUAUUUGCACAAACCCAGAGGAGCUAUUCUAACUAAAUUAUUGCAGAAGUUUUGGGAUUUUUAUAUUUUUCCACGUCGGUUGGG